CACACACACACACACACACACACACACACGGUAGGUGUGUUCGAUUCGUGAACGAACGGUUCUUAUGAAUCGAGUCUAUCCAAUGAAUCAGUUAAACAGUUCACAAAACCGAUCUGACUGAUUAAUUAACGAAAAUUUAACAAGAAAAUAGGCCUAUAUAACAUUUUAAAAUGCUCAUUAUCAGAUUAGUUACUUUUUUAAAAAGGAUUACAGAAUCACAUAUUAAUUAUAAAUUGGCAGUAAAUUAUUCAUAAUUUAUUGAUUCUUUCUAAUUCUUCCGUUUUCUCUUUUAAAGUUGUGUAUUAUGUAUGUAAAGGGUAUGUAUACCCUUUAGUUUUUAAUAGAUUCAUAAUAUAAAAGAUACAUGUGCAAAUGUGCUAAUUUUUCUAAAUUUGGGGGAAGCACCACUCAAACAAUUAGACAUAUGUAACAAAAAUUAAUAAGUUUAUAAACAGUGGUGAUGUAUUAGCUGUGAAACACACACAAUAAUAGAAUAGAAUAAAAAAAUAGACUAUAGUGUAAAAAUAUAUAUAUUCAAAAAUAGGCUGUAGUAAAGAAAAUGUUUUAAUAUUUAUAAUUUUUUAUUUCAUAUGACCGAGUGAUUUUGUAAGGAAAACCAAGAGGUCAUUCACUAUAGUUUACAAAUAUAGGCUAUAGUAUAAAAUACAAUAAAAUAUAAAUAUAAACAUAAACUGGAGGCUAAAGUGUGAAAUGCAUAAUAUAAAAACAAUCUAUAUAAAACUAAAGUCUGUAGUACAAAAAAAAGCUAAAGUAAUUUUAUAAGGCAAAUUGCAAUGCUGUUUACCUGUACCAGACUGUGCAUAAUGAAAAUCCUCAAAAUAUGAGCUGCAGACACAAUCAUGGGAUGAAGUGUAAUAACCGGGGUAAAUUAUGACAGCAUUAUGACAGCGCCGAAGAACACACUGUUGACUGAGAAAGACAGAUGACUCAGCAGUCACCCCCCUCGUAAUAAAGGCCCUCGCUGCUGUUGGACUAUACUUUGUGGAUAUAAUGUCAGUAGUAGUACAUUCAUUAUAUUCCAAACAAGAAUCAAGUCAGACAAAACACGUCAGGCAUUCAAAACACUGCUGACUCAGUCCUCAUUUAAAUAUUCAAUAACAAACCAAAAGAUGUCAUAUGAACCAUCACAUUUGAUUUCUUAAGACAACAUUUCGGAAAGCUUCGUGUGCAGGUGCAUCAGUGUUUUUGACGAAGUUAUUGGUUAAGGGUAAAUGUUUUAAGUCUUGUUAAUAAGUGGUUUCCUCUUGCAGGAUGACAUAGUACGUAUAGCAAGUCCUAACAGUAUGGACACACCUUCAGCAUGAUGGUAUAUAACGCAGAAGACAUGCUUCAGUUUCAUCCGCACGGCGCUCCAAACGCUCAGACACACACUUCCUGCAGUCUGUGCAGCAUCAUGUCGGGGACAUAUCAAGCACACUGGGUGGUGAUGUUGGGCAGAGCGGCGGUGUUUGCUCUCCUGAUGUGGGGACCUCUGCAGGUGGCAGCAGAAUCAGAAGAGGAAGCUGCUUCAGAGUGGGGCAUGUGGAAAAAUCUCCAUCAAAUAUCCUACAAUGAUGAGACUGACGAACUUCAGAGACAAAUCAUCUGGGAGACCAACAUGCGAAUGAUUGAGAAAAACAACGACGAUUUCCGCUCCGGAUUGUCGACAUUUAGCAUGGCAAUGAACAAAUAUGGUGAUCUUACCAAGAUGGAGUAUAAACGCUUGCUGGGCGCCAAAAUUUCUGGCCCGAUAAACAGGGGAGGAAAGACUGUCUCCGCACAAACGCUCCGUGUCAAUGCUAACAGUCUGGGAUUGACCAAUGUGGACUAUCGAGCACGAGGAUAUGUGACUGAAGUCAAAGAUCAGGGAUACUGUGGGUCUUGCUGGGCCUUUAGCACUACAGGAGCCAUCGAAGGACAAGUGUUCAAGAAGACAGGACGGUUGGUGUCCCUCAGCGAGCAGCAGCUGGUGGACUGUUCCAGGUCUUACGGCACAUAUGGCUGCAGUGGUGCCUGGAUGGCCAAUGCCUAUGAUUAUGUGAUCCAUAAAGGGUUGGAGAGCUCUGACACUUACCCCUACACAUCAGUGGAUUCUCAGCCCUGUUACUACGACAGAAGUUUAGUUGCCGCCAGAAUCAGUGAUUACAGGUUCAUCCCGGCUGGAGAUGAACAGGCUCUGGCUGAUGCUGUGGCAACCAUCGGUCCUAUCACUGUCGCCAUAGAUGCAGAUCACAUAAGUUUCCUCUUCUACAGUUCAGGAAUCUACAAGGAAUCUAGAUGCAACCCUAACAACCUCAACCAUGCUGUGCUUGUGGUUGGUUUUGGCUCAGAGAAUGGCAAAGAUUACUGGAUAAUCAAAAACAGUUGGGGAACAGGAUGGGGUGAAGGAGGCUACAUGCGAAUGAUCCGCAAUGGUAAAAACACUUGCGGGAUCGCCAGCUAUGGUCUUUAUCCCAUUGUGUGAGAAGAACCAGACAUUUCCAAAUAAAGACUUAUGAAGUCUGAA